CUGGAGGCCAUUUGACCCUUGGAGACCGCCUUUUUGGUAAAUUCUCAAGUUCCAACUCGGUCUUGGAAAUUGAGCCCCUAUUUCUCUACAUGCUGCAGGAAUAUGGAUUCUCUAUUCUUGGAGCGUCGGUACUGGCACCUAGACCUGGUGCUAGGUUUCAUAGCCCUUGUGCUGGCCUGCGCGAUCUACUUCCAGCAACAACGCCCGUCCCGACGUGGAGUUGCGCCCACUGGGCACUCGAAUAGGGAGAGUGAGAAGCAUAGAAACACUGGAGACCGGGAGUAUGGCGAAUGGCAACCGCGUAGAUUCAGGUACCCCCAAAUUACACCUAUAACCACGCCGCUUGAAGCGAUCAAGCCGAUACCGUAUCGGCCCUAUCGUCCAGGGGCAUACAACAUUACGAUGGGAAUCAAACCUUUACCCUGGGACGAAUGGAUCGAGCUGGACAGUGACUACCAGCGAUACCAUGACGUUCGCAAACACCGCAUCGAAACGCGCAGAGAGAAUGCAAUCGCCGUGCUCACCGAUGAGCAUAACUCCAUUGUCCGAGGUGGAGCCUUGGCUGCGAUCGAGUUGGUACACGAGCUGGCCGCGUUCAUAGCCGCGAGGUACCCAUGCAACUUUGUCAUUAGCCGACAUGAACGCCAGGCGCUCGAUGAUUUAAAGCCCGACUCCAUCACCCUGCCCCAAAGGGCGAGCUCUACCUCGAGGUACUGUGACUGGGGAUGGGAUGGUGCUUGUCCCAUCAAGAGCAUAACCUGUGUAUCUUCGGGAAUCACGUAUGAACUACCGUUACACGUCGAGGACGGUGACGGCGCACCGGAGAGGGCACUUGAGAUUGCAGCGUUGCUGGUCCAGGAGGACCUGGCAGUCAUGAUAGAAGGGCAGGACGGGAAGUAUUACCUUCAAGCUGGUGCCGUUUGCAUCCCUGGUACUUGGCGUCCUAAGACCAAGUUUGGGCUACCCCUGGAUGAAAUCCAUACGACCGGAGAUGUCCCUCGAUAUCGUGAAAAAUUACAAGCAAGUAUGGAACGAUUCUUUAGGCGGAUGGAAGUGGAUAAGGCGGUUGUCCGCAACAAUUAUUUUUUCCAGGUGGUGCGAUCAGAGGAGAAGAAGAGCCAAGAGCAGGAUCCUGAGGAGCUGGGGUGGUCCAGGACCGGGAUUGGCCCCGAAGAGGAGGAAUUCAACAGCACGAAGGGAGGGCCAGAUUUGCCGGCCAGGCCGACGGUGGAUGAACUACGAUUCAGAACUGAACGGCAGACACUCAGAAGACUGGGAGUUAGCGGGGCCAUCGUUUUCACGAUCCGGACGUACAUGACGGCCGUGCGGGAUCUAGUGGAAGAGAAAGGGGCGGCUGAGAGGCUGCUCGCUGCAGUGAAUGGAUGGCCUGAGGAUGUAAAGGAAUACAAGGGCGUGUAUAGGGGCGAAUGGUGGCCAGUGCUUGUUGAAUUCCUAACUGAUAAGAAGAGAGAUGAAGGUGGUCACCGGACUGAUGGCAAGCGAUCGGAUGCGGGUGAUUUCUGUAUUAGUUAA